AUGACAUGUUCUUUAGCGACAGGUAGCACCAACAUCGCUACUAUAUUGGACACCUCAACACCCCACACAGAUAGAAACGAUGUCGACUGGGAGCGGAUGUUGCAACACGUUCAAAAUCGAGCACAAGAAAUUCCGGCACCUGAUCAGAUGCCGGCCGAGUUUUGUGGCUUGAAUUAUAUCCAGGAAUCGACAACUGUGGUGAAAUCUCCUGGUAGAUUUUUUUUUGGAACCAGCGGAUUUGCACUUGGCGAUGGACACUCCUCAGAAUCUGUCAUCGUCGGCAAAACGCUUGUUUGA